AUGCAGAACGCCGAAGAAGCGUCCAAAGACAGCGGCAAGCGUCGCUUGUCCGGACGCAUACAUAUCCUGGGUGUUGGAAAUGUAGGCACGUUUGUGGCCCAUUCGCUCAUGAGUCGUCCGUCGCCGCCGCCGGUUACGCUGCUAUUGCAUAAUCCCGACUUGUAUAGCUCGUGGUUGGCGAAGAAGAAGUGUUUGGCGUUGAAUUCGAAUGGGCUUGAUGAUAUCAAGACGGGGUUUGAUGUUAAUGUCUUGGAUGGCAGGUCGUGGCAUUCAUUUCCUUACUGGGAUGAGAAUGGGGAAGUUGUCGCGGAGACGGAGGAUGUGGAAGAUGUCAAGGCGCCGGUGACGGCCAUGGCGUUGGAGUCAGUUAAGCAUCGGUUGACGCCGGAUUCUACGGUGUUACUCCUUCAGAAUGGAAUGGGAGUCGUUGAUGAGGUCAAUGAGAAGGUCUUCCCGGAUCCGCAGAACCGGCCUAACUACAUGUACGGAAUCAUCUCGCAUGGGCUGGCGCGCAGAAAGGAACCGUUUCAGGUUGCUCAUACCGGCAUUGGCACGACUAUCCUCGGACCAGCUCUAUCUGCGAACUCUACGGGUGUGGUCAGUGAGAACAAGGACGACUGGGCCCCGAGUACCAAGUACCUCUUGCGGACAUUGACCCUUACGCCGCCACUGGUUGCUGUCGCUGAGACUCCAUCCUCCCUGAUGCUGUACCAGCUCGAAAAGCUGGCGAUGAAUGCGGUCAUCAACCCGUUGACAGCGGUGAUGAACUGCGAGAACGGCGAGCUUCUUUACAACUACAGCUUCACUCGGGUGAUGCGGUUGCUCCUGCUGGAGAUCUCGAGCGUGAUCUGCGCACUCCCCGAAUUGCAGGGCAUCCCUGGCAUUGAGAGCCGGUUCUCCCCCGAGCGUCUGCGGUGGAUGGUCACGCAGCUUGCCAACAAGACGGCAAAGAACCACAGCUCGAUGCUGCAGGACGUGCGCGCCGGCAAGACGACCGAGAUUGAAUACUUGAAUGGCUACAUCGUGCGCCGAGGCGAAGAGCUGGGUGUCAAGUGUGUGGUGAACUACAUGAUGAAGCACCUGGUUCUGGCGAAACAGCAAGCGUCGAAGCAGAGAGAUGCGAGCGCGAUCCCUAUCGACAUUCUGUAA